CUACACGAACUGAAGUUUAUAAGUUCUUUUUACGUGGGUUUUCUCAUUGCAAAAUAUGAUAUCACGUUUCAGUUUUAUUAAUAUAAACUUGCGCCCGAUUUAAUAAAAAUGAAUUUGCGGGUUUCAGCUAAAUUGUACGGAAUGUACGCUUAAAUAGUAUUAAAACUAAAUUUGGGUCACUGGAAAACUUGAAGAAAUAUGUUUUUAAUUGAACUCAAUAUAUAUUAUGAUUAGUUUAUAACCAAAUACAGAGUUCAACUUUUGACAAUGUGAAGUAGCUGCAAAAAGCAGUUCAAAGUAACUUGAGCCAGAUUAAACCCAAAAUUAUGAAAAACUUCUUUUCCUCCAAGUUUCUAUUUGUCUGUUUUGUUAUUUUUAUCAGCUUUUUGUUUGUAUCAAGCCAAGAUGCAGGAACUUAUAAAUUUAUCAAAUUCAUCGACAAGAAUUUCGCGUUGGGGCAGAUAACAGGCAGUGUGAAAGAGUACACUUAUGAUGGUGAGUCUAAUCAGGUGCAGGAGUACCUGGGAAUCCCCUUUGCUGAGCCACCGGUGGGGGACUUGAGAUUCAAACACCCUGUCAGGAGAUACCAACUCUCCGACACUGGAAGACUGAAUGCAACCCGAUUUGGACCUGCCUGCCAGCAGAUAGCAGACUCCACCUUCGACAAAGAGCAGGAAAAGAUUCGACAGGCAGCAGACAUGUGGAAUGUCAAGCCCGAGUACCAAGCGGACGAGGACUGCCUGACCUUGAACAUGUGGGUGCCCCACCAGCCCGAAAAGAGGGGGGCUAAGUACCCUGUCAUGGUGUGGAUCUAUGGGGGAGGAUUCUUCUCGGGCGCCUCCCACUUGGAUGUCUACAAUGGAUAUCGAUUGUCAGCUCUGGAGAAAGUUAUUGUCGUCACUUUCAACUACAGACUAGGUCUGUUCGGCUUUCUCUAUCUGGACAACUACGACGCCCCUGGAAACAUGGGGCUGUAUGACCAACUGAUGGCACUGAGGUGGGUGAGGGAGAACAUAGGGGCAUUUGGGGGGGACGUGGAGAGGAUCACCCUGUUCGGAGAGAGUGCGGGCAGUGCCAGUGUCGGGUUCCAUAUGUUGUCGCCGCUGAGUCAUCAUUUGUUCACCAAUGGCAUAAUGCAGAGUGGCUCCCCCACUGCCCCCUGGGCCAUAAUGGACAGGGAGGAGAUGCUGUUCCGCUCUCUGGGGGUGGCCAAGAGACUCAACUGCUACUCGGAGGGCGAGGAGAGAGACAGCAGGUCCAGGAUAGGCCAGUGCUUAAGGAGACUGUCAGUGUCGGACAUAUUCAAAGCCACUGUCAGUCUCUACUCUGACUUUGCGGGCAAAAACAAAAACAGGUGGCUUGACUUCCCAGUGGCCCCCAUAGUGGACAACAGACUGAUAGCAAUGCACCCUGUCACCCUCUUGAGGUCAGGGGCAUUCAAACAGAGUCCCCUCAUGAUAGGGUCAGUCAGCAACGAGGGCAGCUUCUGGCUAUUAUACUACAAGCCAUACUUCAAAGUCAGAUCUGACAACCUGUUGACGAGUGUACAAUAUGAGCAAUCACUCGACACUAUCUUCAACUUCAAGGACAAAAAGACACGAGAGGCCAUCAAAUUCGUCUACAGGAACUGGACAGACAUUCAUGAUCAGGAGCAGAACAGACUGACCAUAGACAAGGCCACAGGCGAGUACAACUUCGCCUGUCCAUGCAACGACUUCGCCCAAUACUACGCCAACCAGAAUCAGAGGGUCUACAUGUACUACCUGGACCACAGAUCCUCGACUGAGGGGUGGCCAGAGUGGAUGGGCACUAUACAUGGGGCAGACUGCGAGUGGGUGUUUGGGAAGUUCCUGGACAGAAACAACACGCCAGAGGAGAAGAGGAUGGCCAGACGAAUCAUGUGGUACUGGGCGAACUUUGCGCGUACGGGGAACCCGAACAGGGAGAGUAAGUUUGUGUACCAGCAGGAGUACUGGCGCAGAUGGCAGUCCAAAGGGGGCAGACAGAGGACAGCUGUACUCAAUACAAACCAGUACCUCCCUCAGGACUAUGGUCCGUUCCCGAAGCGAUGUGCCUUUUGGAACAACCUGGAGCCCAAAUUCAGCCAGAACACCCUCUGUGACCCCAUCAACUCCAGAGGAACCAGGAACUCAUCCUCAGGCAGCAGCUAUCAGAAGUCACCUUCACCCUCCAUCAAGUUCAAAUAUUACUUGACAGGCGGGAUUUUGGUUAUCACGAAAUUAUG